AUAAGAUUUUCAAAUUAACUAAUCGGAUACCGGCGGCUCUCAAGAUUCAGUGUAUCUGAGUAACUGAGUACAGAUUUGUGAAGAAUUUGUCUGCGGAAAUGCUGGAUAUACAAUCAACUUCAUGAAUAUUGGAAAAACAUGAUAAUGAAAUAUUUCAGAAAAGCUCACUGAGUCGAUCACUGGCCGCCAUUGCCAAAAUGUUCUAUACAUUGUGAUUAUGGAGAAUAUUUUGUCUUUGAACAAUGGGAUACGUUAAUAUCAAUAUGCGUUUUUUGUUGCUAUUUCUUUGCGUAAACAUCGUACAUGGCCAGGAUAUCAAAAAAAGGACCGAUAUUCUGAAUCUGUUGAAUAAGGUGGCGAUAACGAGAACACCACCAAACUAUGAUACCGCCGAGCCAGGAGUGGUUUUUUGCUACCUAGAUGUCAAUCAAGUGGACAAUAUACGUGAAGCCAACAUGGAUUUCACUGUGGACAUGAGUCUCCAUUUGACAUGGAAGAAUGCCGAACUAAUGAACCAGAUCAGCCGGCUGAACAUUGACAUCGACUAUCUCGACUUCGAUGCUCUCAAUAUGGAGAAGGUAUGGGUGCCGGAUAUUUAUUUUCCCAACGAGAAGAAAGCCGCAGUACAUAACAUCAUGAUGGCAAAUAAAAUGUUGAGGUUAUACAGGGACAAUACUGUCAGCUAUAAAAUAAGGGUGUCGGUAACCCUCAGCUGUAAGAUGGAUCUACGGAAAUAUCCAUUUGACAAACAAGUGUGCUCUAUCCUUAUGGAAAGCUUUGGAUACACAGCAGACAAGUUGAUUUUAUUUUGGGACGAGUCGGAGAACAAUAGUAGCCCACUGUUUACGGCCAACAUAAAGGAACUGCGGCAGUUCAGAAUGAUCGAUACAGACUAUAAGAAUUUCUUCAGAUUCCACGACAUCACUGGCAACCACAGCUGUCUGCAAGCCGACUUCCACCUUGUACGGAACAUUGGGUAUUACGUUAUACAGAUGUAUGUCCCCAGUCUCCUGAUAGUAACGCUAUCCUGGCUGUCGUUCUGGUUGAACGUCAAUUCCAUCCCUGGGCGUGUCACACUCGGCGUCCUCUCUGUACUCACUAUAUCCACUCAGAGUUCCAGCGUCAAUGCAUCACUCCCUCGCGUGAGCUACACGAAGGCUAUAGAUGUAUGGAUGGCAACAUGCCUAGUGUUUGUAUUCGCAGCAUUAAUAGAGUUUGCUGUGGUUAAUGUGCUUAGCCAAAAGGUUCCAGGGCGACGGUUCUCUCUCGCGACAUUGUUCCUGGUACAGGGUGAGAAAGACGAAAAAGAUACAACAGUGGAUCAGGACGGCCGUGUAUCAAUAGAUAGCCGACAACAGCCUAGGAGCAAAGUGGUGCUGUGUUCAGCGUACCUGGAUAUCGCGUCAAGGGUCAUGUUUCCAGCAGCGUUCGGGAUCUUCAAUAUGAUCUACUGGAUAUACUACCUUAAUGUCACAGAGUACUAGAGUCCCGUUUAGGCCUAGCUAACCUAUUACCAGCUUGAGGCAGUUCUUCUCGAGAAGAAAAUGGGAGAAUUUCAUUCUGUCUGCUCAGUUACAGAAAAUAUGCUUUGUUUGAUGCAGAUGGGGUGAAAGUUUAGAAAAUACAGUUGACCUUAUGCUGAAAGACAGUUGAGCUUAUAUUUAAGACUGUGAACAAUGAUGACCUGGCUAUAGUAACUAUUAGGGUCAUUUCUGCUUUAAACAUUUAAGUGUAUUUUAACCUUCACAUGAAGUUCAGCUUUAAAUAAAACCACUGUUUGGUUUCCACUAUGUCUUUAUUCAAGUCGAAUCUAUGCAUCUAGUCUUUUUAAGUGUAAACAUGAGAAAAUAUUUUCAAACUUUGUUUUGUCUACAGAUGAUGUGGCUGAUUAGGUGUAGGUAAAUUUUGGUUGUUAGAAGCUAUAAGAUGAUUUAUAUUGUGUGUAGUUAAAAACUAGUGAAAAAAAUGGCUAUAGAUAGUUCCAUUUUAGAUACAUCUGAAUUCAGAAAAGCAGUUCAUUCAGUGUGAUAAAUCACAGGCCAUACAUGAAUGUUUAAUAAAAACUAGAAAUAACUGUUUUGAGUUCAAAUACUAUUGAUCAAUGUAGCUAUGUCUGCAGUGAUAGGUUACAGAAGGAGAUUCCAUCAUAUUUGCUACAUGGCCAUAUUCACAUUCCUGUGUUUUCAUCUUUUAUAGACGUUUACUAGACUAAGUAAAUUUUUUCUCUUCAGUA